GACAGUUUCGAGCGCGAUGAUGGCGAAGUGGAGGCGACCCGAAAGCAUUUUCUACACGUUCCUGCUAUACAUCUCACUCCUUGUAAUACGUUUCUCGCUAAGCAUUUCACUCUCUUUCUUGUUCGUUUUACAUCUUCAUCUUCGGUUGAUUCCAUCUUUUGCAGACGCACAACGGCUUCAUCCAUGGCCGCAGCUUUGGUUGGUGGUGCUUUUCUCUCUGCUUUUCUUCAAGUGGCUUUUGACAGGCUGGCUUCUCGUGGUGUCCUCGACUUCUUCAAGAACCGAAAAUUGAACGAGACAUUACUGAAUAAGUUGAAGAUCGUGCUGUUAUCCAUCGAUGCUGUGGUUGAUGAUGCAGAGCAAAAGCAGAUCACUAAUACAAAGGUGAAGGACUGGAUUUAUAUGGUCAAAGAUGCUGUGUUCGAUGCUGAGGAUGUCUUGGACGAGAUUGAUUAUGAGGUGCUCAAGCGCAAGGUGGAAGCCGAACAUCAGAGUAAAACCAGUGUUACGGCCAAGAUUGCCAACAACAUCUUUGGUGGAUGAAACUAGAACAUAUGGUAGAGAUGAUGACAAAAAAACGAUCAUUGAAUGGUUGCUAUCAGACAAGGAUAACACCCAGCUAUCUAUCAUUUCUAUAGUGGGUAUGGGUGGAUUGGGUAAAACUACCCUUGCCCAGCUCGUUUAUAAUGAUAGGAUGGCUAUAGAUGAAUUUGACCUCAAAGCUUGGGUGUGCGUCUCUGAUGAGUUUGAUGUCCUAAGAGUAACAAGAACAAUUUAUGAGGCAAUCACUAUGUCUAGGGAUGAUACCAACGAUUUAAACGUGCUUCAAAUUAAAUUGAAGCAGCGGUUGAGUCAGAAGAGAUUUCUCAUUGUUUUAGACGACGUGUGGAAUGAAAAUUUUAUGCUAUGGGAGGCCUUGCAAUCACCUUUCAAUCAUGGGGCUCCUGGAAGUAAAAUUCUUCUAACCACUCGCAGUGCAAAGGUUGUUUCAACCAUGCGUUCUUCUAAAAUACAUUCAUUGAAGCCCUUAUCAGAAGGAGAUAGUUGGCUGUUGUUAAGUGAAUACGCAUUCCAUGGUAGAGAUGCUCUUUCUUCAAGCUUUGACCUUGAAGAAAUCGGUAGGAGAAUAAGUAAAAAGUGCAAAGGGUUGCCUUUAGCUUUGAAAGCCAUUGGGAGUCUCUUGUACGCGGAGUUUUCUCUUGUGCAAUGGACUGGCAUUUUAAAAAAUUAUGACUUUGACAAGGAGCGUUUAAUUCAGUUAUGGAUGGCAGAAAAUUUUCUACCAUGUGCCCAUCAAAGCAAAGUUGCAAGAGAAGUAGGAGAACAAUUCUUCCAUGACUUAUUGUCGAGGUCAUUUUUUCAACAAUCAAUGGAAGAUGAAACACGCUUUGUCAUGCAUGACCUUAUUAAUGAUUUGGCAAAAGUUGAAUAUGGAAAAUUUUGUCAUCUGUUGCUGGUGGAUGAAGAAAAUAAUUUGACAAAAAUGACCCGGCAUGUUUCAUAUUUAAGAACUUUCUAUGAAUACUCCAAUCGAUUUGCGGUUAUGUGCCAGGCUAGUAAAUUGCGAACGUUUUUGCCUCUAUCUAUGCAAGGACAUAGAAGUACAAGCCAUACCUCUUUCUUUCAUUGCAUAUCUUUCAAGGUUAUUCUCGAUUUAGUAUCCAAGUUCAGAUGCAUGCGUGUUUUAUCUCUGUCUGGUUAUCAUCACAUUGUGAGUUUGCCCGAUUCCAUAGGAAACCUCAAACAUCUACGUUUUUUAGACUUAUCAGGAACCAAGAUAAAGAAAUUGCCUGAUUCAAUCUGCCAACUUUUUCAUUUACAAACGUUAAAGUUGUGGCGUUGUCGUGAUUUGAAAAAGUUGCCCAUGGAUGUGCAUAAACUCAUGAAUCUACGUUAUCUUGAUUUUCGUGAGACUGGAGUGAGAGAGAUGCCAAAGCAAUUGAGUAAAUUGAAAAAUCUUCAGGUGCUGUCAUCAUUUAUUGUGGACAAAUGUGGACAGUCAAACAUUAAACAGUUGAAAGAAUUUAAUCUUUGUGGAUCAGUUUCCAUCUUAGAGUUGCAGAAUGUAGUUUCUCCUGCUGAUGCUUUGGCAGUAAUUUGA